AUGCACGUGACAGAGAUGCUUGUCGAAUCCACUGCAGGCUAUGAUUAUCUUAGUAUGCUCGAUGGAUACUCUGGAUACAAUCAAAUUUUUAUUGCCGAGGAAGAUGUGCCGAAAAUAGCAUUUCGAUGUCCUGGAGCCUUAGGCACCUACAAAUGGAUUUAUAUUGAUGAUAUUGUUGUUAAGUCUGUGUCAGGAAAGUAUCACAUAAAUCAUCUUCGACAGUCAUUCGAAAGGAUGAGAAAGCAUGGCUGGAGAUUUCUUGGGCUUUUGGUUCACAAGAAGGGUAUCAAAAUAAACCAGAAUAAGACCAAGGCUAUUAUGGAAGUGAAAGCACCAUAA